UCCCUUAUAGCAUCUUGCAGACAGAGUGGCCAUGUAUGUACAUGCAUAUACACUCUACAGUGCUGUUAGACCUUUUGGCUGCAGUUUCAUGUUAGGGUCUUACAGUGUGAAUGAUGGUGCACAGCUCUACAUGAUUGACCCAUCAGGAGUUUCAUAUGGUUAUUGGGGUUGUGCCAUUGGCAAAGCCAGGCAAGCUGCAAAGACGGAAAUAGAAAAGCUUCAGAUGAAAGAAAUGACCUGCCGUGAUGUCGUUAAAGAAGUUGCAAAAAUAAUUUACAUAGUACAUGAUGAAGUUAAGGAUAAAGCUUUUGAACUAGAGCUAAGCUGGGUUGGUGAAAUAACUAAAGGAAGACAUGAAAUUGUUCCAAAAGACAUAAGGGAAGAGGCAGAGAAGUAUGCUAAGGAAUCACUGAAGGAAGAAGAUGAAUCAGAUGAUGAUAAUAUGUAACAUGUGCUUCAGCAUCUAUUUUAAAUUUCUAAUACAGUCCCGUGUAACUCUUUAGCCCUGUGGAUUAUUAUAUAUCCACUGACCAGUUUUCAUUAAAUUUUUGUCUUGUAA